AUGAUUUUGCAAGCUCUCCUAGCAUUUGCAACGCUGGGACUUGCUGUCGACUAUCCAGUGGUCUCUUUGUUCAUUCCAAACGCCGACCCUCAGUCGUUGUUGGGUGAAGUUUUGGCAGCGCAAUCGGCAACAACUACAUUCAGCAUCAAUUGCCCACCCGGCAGCACCAAUAGCACAGAAUGUGGUAUGGGCCCUGGGCUAUUUUUCACCUCAGCCCCAACUAGUGUCGAAUACUUGAUAAGUGCUGAAACUGACAAUGUGUGCGUUUACUCAACUCUCAACCAUUACUGCAAGCUGCGAUUGAUUGCUCAUCGAUUACACAGAUACAAUCACGUUGUCUGCGAUGUGACCGAUCUCCCAAUGGGGGCUUAUACUUGUACAGACACUGUUACCGGGAAAGGUGCUGCCACGCCCGGCACCAGCACCUCAACCAUCGCUUGGGACCAGAUAACGCUGUUGCCGGUUACAAUAACUUCCACUGCUGAUGCGGUCUUAGCAACAGCAGAUGCUGGGUCCACUGCUCAAAAUACUAGCAAAAUUGUGUCGGGUAGCGAAGCAUCACCCGCUGCUGGUGCUGGUGCUGGUGCUGCUACCACCAUGGAAGCGUCACCUACUGCUCCUCCUACCACGAUCACAGCAUCACCCACUGCUGCUGAUACCGCCAUGGCCACCACGCCCGCGGCGAGUGCAGCUGGAAGGUUAAGCCCUGCUAGUCUCGUACUAGCCUGUGCCGCAGUUCAAGCUCUAAUAGCAUUGUUACUUUGA